AGAUUUGUGUUUGAAACUUGAGUUUGAAAAUGUUUUCUGUUCUUUUAAAAGCUAAAUUAGAUGUCGAAAGUAAGAUUGAAGGGUUACAAAGAAAUUAUAUAUCACUUUUACGACAACCAGUUUUACCAAUAGAGUUCAAAUCACAAAAUAAUUUGGACGCCGCUGUUUCUAUUAUAAAUACGAAAAUUCAAACUCUUGAAGAAAUUGAAGAAGAAUAUGAAAAAAUAUAUUCCCUUCAUCAAAAAUUAUUAUUAGAAAUUCCAGAAGCAAAAAAUGAUGCUGAAAGCUUAGAAAAAUUAGUUGAUGACUUGUUCAGUGAUUCAAAUAUUGAAAUUCCGGAAGAAUUACAAAAAUCUCAAGAAUUUAUAAAGUCUGAAAUCAAAGUCGAAAAUUUAAAAGAAGAAGAAGAAGAAAAUUACCAAAAUCACGAAGAAGAACAGAUAAAUUCUGAUAAGGAAAAUAGUAACAUAGUCGAACUCUCUGACUUAAAUACUUCAAAUGAAAGCUUUUUUAGUCCUGACGUUCAGAUGAAACCAAUUCCCAGCACAACCAGAUUUAAUGAAGUUAUCAGAAUUUUAGGAUGUAAUCCGAGUCCAAUGACAUUACAAGGAACAAAUAGUUAUUUAAUAGGAAAAGGAAUAAAACGCUUAUUGAUUGAUUCUUCAGAUCCUAAGAAACCAGACUACAUUAAAGCGCUAGAAACAAUAUUAAAAGAAGAAAAUGCACUAAUUUCUAAUAUAAUUUCAACUCAUUGGCAUAAUGACCAUCUUGGAUCGAUAGUUGAUGUUAAAAAGAAAGAACUUGUUACUGAUGAUUGCAAAUUUUGGAAGUUUCCAAGAUCAGAUGCCACAGAAGAUUAUGGCGAAUUAAAGUUUCAGGAAUUGACAGAUCGACAAGAGUUUGAUAUCGAUGGUGUUAAAAUUAAAGCCUUACAUACUCCAGGACAUACUACGGAUCAUGUUGUGUUAUUUAAUGAGAAGACAAAAGCUUUAUUUUCAGGUGAUUGUAUUUUGGGGGAAGGAACUGCAAUAUUUGAGGAUUUGCACGACUACAUGAAAAGUCUAGAACUUCUUUCGAAGUUAAAUAUAUCAGUUAUUUAUCCUGGACAUGGAGAUAUCAUUGAUAGCAGUCCAACCAAGAAAAUACAAUUUUACAUCAAUCAUCGAAAUGAGCGAGAGAAACAAAUUCUUGAUGCAAUCAUAACAAGUUCUAAACCCCUGACAGAUAUGGAUAUUGUUGCAAUCGCAUAUGUAACUACCCCAAAGCAUCUGUGGCCUGCUGCUGCUGUCAACGUCAAUCAACAUUUAAUUAAACUUAAGAAAGAAGGUAAAAUAAUCGAUGUUUUGAAGGAUCAUGAAACUUAUUGGCAAAUUAUUGAACUAAAUAAAUUAUAGUGUUUUUAUUAAUUAUGGGAAUGAUUUUAUUAAAGAUUA